GGCUGAUAACCACAGAGGGCAGCAUUCUGUAAAAAUGUCGGCUGCAAGUGGUGUUGACGUGUUGCAAGGGUAUUUUGAAAAUGUCAAAUCGGAGGUUUCAAAGCAAGAUCCCAUCAUUUUGGGUGUUGCAGUGGCAAUCAUUGUCAUUCUUUUCACCAUAGUCUUGCUGAGAUUGUUCAGAGGAAGUCGAAACAACCGCCGUUCUGUCCUUGUGCUUGGUCUGUGUGAGUCAGGAAAAACACUUCUUUAUAGCAGGCUCGUUCACAAAAAGGCCAUCGAAAGCUACACAUCAAUCAAGGAGAAUUCUGGGCCAUACCAGGUCAUAGGUCAAAGUUCAAUGUUACUUGAGGUCAUUGACAUCCCUGGCAAUGACAGGCAAAGGAUACAGUUCUGGAAUCGAUUCAAGACCCAAGCAAGGGGAGUGAUCUUCCUUGUGGAUAGUUCAAGCAUAACCAAAGAUUUGAAGGAGGUUGCAGAGUUCCUCUACACGCUCCUGAGCGAUUCAACAACCACCAACCUCAACACACCAUUCCUUAUAGCUUGUAACAAACAGGACAUCACCAUGGCGAAAUCGGCGAGGAUCAUCCAGACACUCCUUGAGAAAGAAAUGACCACUCUAAGGGUAACAAGAGCAGCCACUUUAUCCAGCACAGACGGCUCGGCCGGAGACACCAACAAGUUCCUUGGGAAGCAAGGAAAGGACUUUGAUUUCUCCUACCUCUCCAACCCUGUUGACUUUGUGGAGUGCAGUGCUAGGGGAAGCUCAGCCAGUGAUGAAGGCGAGCUCAACACUGUCUCAGAAUGGAUCUCAAAUCUAGUUUGAUAUGCCUAUGCUUCCUACUCUUGACAAACGGAAGCAAGAGCCAUAUUGACAAAAAUAGACUUUUGAGCAUGUUCAUGUUCGACAAAUUUAUUCCUUAUUACAGGCAAAAUUUCAUAGAAAAACACUGACCCAGAUAUUGAGAUUUUGUGAGUUUUAUGCUUCCUUCUUUGACAAAAGGAAGCAAGGGACAAAUUAAUUGAAAUCAAUUACCUGUUUAGUUACAUUUAAAAUUGAUUUCUUAUUCCAGGCAAAUUUUUAUACAAAAAUAUUGAUCCUACAAUGGUAUGUGGCUGGUUAUCCAUCUUGUCAGUGCAUUGGUGUCAGUCACAGAUACAGUUUGCUCUUUAGAGGAAAUUACACUUUUAUCACUUCCUUUUGUCAAAGUAAGGCAGAGUGUACAUGUACUUGACACUGUAAGGCUGUUCUACAUUUGUCAUUGAUUGCCUCUAUUUUUGUUUAGAAAAGAUGUGCCCUUGACAUUCAUGUGUCCUUAUCUAAACCAACAGGGGGUGGUGGUUCCAGGAUUGUUGACCACAUCCACAUGCCCAUGUUAGUGAUUAAGGCAUCUUUUCUAAGUUCAGUGCUGCAUCAAGCAUGAACCCUGCUUUUAAGGUGCUUUGCAUCUUGUCAUAACGGCUUUCCUGCAUUUCCCCAUUGUUCUAAUUAUAAAAUGUAAGUGGGCAGUUCCAUGAUAUAUGUACGUCUGACUCCUUAUAUGUGGGACCUUCGUGAAAUUUUCUGUCUGAUUUCUUGUUCUUUUGACAGUCUGUAAUGUUCUCAAAGGACCAUGACUUGGUCAGUUUAUGGAGUGAAGUGAGACUUGAGAAAAAUAGGGGUCGGACGAACAAAAAUGUUGAUCAUUUAUGGAAUUGCCCAACUGGUCCAUAAAUAAAACAUAACAUGAAUGAAUAGGGUGUGCACCACAUUGCUUGCCUUGCUCCAUCAAUGUGACUAUCCUUUCUUCCUCAUAAUACCAAAUAAACUCUCAAUCAUAGAGAAACGUAUUUGUCUGAUUUUUACCUGCAUCGGCAACCUCUACAACAGAUACUUCUGUUGCAAACUUCAUUAGUAAAGCUUGAAAGCGGACCAUCAUCUCAUCAGAUUCUCCAAGUACCACCAUCACACGGAGAUGUCCCUUUAUUGGAGGCACUUCCCCCAAUGUAGAGGUGUUGUGGCUCAGUGGAUAAGUCUUCGGAAUUUGAACCACAAGGUCCGGGGUUCAAAUCCCACCGCAGCA